GCUCCUGUGUCUAAGUCUGGUCCUGGGUACUCCGGAGCUCCACGCAUCCAGAGGCAGGAGCAGGUCAUCCACCACUCCCCCAAGAAGAGCUCCCAGGUCAGGCUUCAUUCUGCGCCACACUCCCCUGUCCUCACCUCGACCAGGGUGGAGGACCAUACAUACUUCUUAAGCCACCCAUUUAACCAUUUGGGAUGCAUGUCAAUAGUCCAAAGUGACUUUCUCUCCUCAUCUCUACUUCAUCUGCACUGACCUGAAGGCAGUUUCUCUUGUCCAGGUCUUUCAGAUAACUGCAGAUUAAGGAUAUCACUGAUCUGAAGACAGUUUCUCUUGUCCAGAUUCCUGUCUAAUCCAUCUCUCUACUCUUUCUACUCCCCCCCCCCGCAGCCUGAGGGUCCCUACUCCAGCAGUAACACCCUCUCCAGCACGGCCUCCAGCGGGGGCCACAGCGACACCGACAAGUGGUCCGACCUGGGGGGCCCUGGAGCACCAGGGGAGGCCCCUGACUCUGAACCCAACGGCCUGGGAGGGGGGUACCUCCAGGGGGCCUCGGCCGACAGCGGGAUUGACACCUCGUCCUACGGAGGGGGUGGGGGCCACUCACACACCCACCAUGGGAGUUCAAGUUCCCUCUUGGCUCCUGGGGGUAGGGAGGGGAGGGAUAGAGCUGCAUCCCCCUGGCAUAGCCCCACUGAGGGGGACAGGAGAGUGCUAGAGAGGUCCCCCCCAGCCGCGGAGUCCCCACAACCCCCAGGGGAGAGGGGGGAGAGAGCGGAGGGGACGGCUAGGAGUCCUCCUACACACCUACUGGUUAGAGAUGGCAGCUCGUACAGUCUGAGUGAUGCUGGGUCACACUCCAGGUAUGCAGUGGUUUAGACUUGAAUACACACAUGCACACAGCAGAAACACACACACACACACGCAAACGCAUAACCUUUUUCAAAACCUCACUCUCAUCGAAUCUUUUAACCAUGAUAUUUGCUAGGUCCCUCCCACUCGCUCUAUCUAGCUAAGAUUAAAGAACACCUCUCUUUCAAGCAGCAGAGGUGACAUAUAAUGUAUCUUCAGUCAUAAAGGGAUACAGUGUGUUCUCAAAAGCACAAUAUAAUGGCCUUGAAACUCGAACAGAACUCACACAGUUAACAAAACCACAGAGAUAGAUGUUGAUGAAAGCUAGCUGAUAGUACGUUCCAGUGUACAGUGACGUUCGGACUGGGAGGGAGGUGGCUAUGUAACACUCUGUAAUCUCUACAUGUCCACUGCGUAAUCUGUAGAUUUCAACCCCUGCAGAAAUGUGUUUUUGCUCAAAGUCUAGAUUAUGUCCAUGCCAGCUCAAAAUCUAGAUUAUGUAAUUGGCAAAUUACAGUAUUUUUGCCCUCAAUGGCCGCUAGUUGAAUCCAUACCCUCUCCCCCCCUAUCCCACCACCCCACAGCUCCAGAGGCCAUUCUGGCCACAGUUCCCCCCGUGAGGAGUCCUCUUCCUCUGCCACCUCACCCUGCUCCCAGACGUCGGUCUCCCCCGGCCCCAAGACCUUCUACCCCCGCCAGGGAGCCACCUCCAAGUACCUCAUCGGUUGGAGGAAGCCAGGAUCCACCAUCAACUCUGUCGACUUCGGAGACAACCGCAAGUAAGACCGGGAGGAGAGUUGUUCUAUUGAAUGUGUGACACCAUAGCCUUGUAUGAGCUCUGGAAAUACAUGAUCCACACCUUGUGGCCAAAGGGGGGUAUUACAAUGCUAUAAACAUCAAGUUGAGUUGAAAUGUGAUGAGGAACUCUGCUCCAGAUUAAAUUAUAUUAGAUUUGUUUUAAGGCUCACUGCAUGGUUUAAAAUUCCUAACUGGUUCUGUGUGUGUUCCCAGGACUGUAUUGAAGCCGUAGCAUGUAUUUACCCUUUUUAACAUGUCUGUUAUCUGAUUUCUAACCCCCUCCAUGUUGAUGUAUUACCAGGAAGUCCCCAGGGGAGGGAGGAGGAGGAAGUGGAGGAGAGGGGGGUGGAGGUGGAGGAGGGGGUCAGGGUGGGGUUGGGGGUCAGAGCAGACCCCAUCACUCCCCACAGCCACACCUCACCCACGCUAAGACCACUGCGGAGGACGAGAUGAAGAGACUGAGUCCAGACAGCCCCCUCAAACACAGACGACACAAGGUCAAGGACAAGGUACAUGCAGGGUGGGUGGGUGGGGGUAUGAGAAAGAUAUGAAGAGACUGAGGCCAGACAGACCCAAUAUAUAUAUUUAUAAUAUAUUUUAUAUUUGAGAUUCUUCAAAGUAGCCACCCUUUGCCUUAAUGACAGCUUUGCACACUCUUGGCAUUCUCUCAACCAGCUUCUUGAGGUAGUCACCUGGAAUGCAUUUCAAUUAACAGGUGUGCCUUCUUAAAAGUUAAUUUGUGGAAUUUAUUUCCUUAAUGCAUUUGAGCCAAUCAGUUGUGUUGUGACAAGGUAGGGGUGGUAUAUAAAAGAUAGCCCUAUUUGGUAAAAGACCAAGUCCAUAUUAUGGCAAGAACAGCUCAAAUAAGCAAAGAGAAACGGCAGUCCAUCAUUACUUUAAGACAUGAAGAUCAGUCAAUACAGAACAUUUCAAGAACUUUGAACGUUUCUUCAAGUGCAGUCGCAAAAACCAUCAAGCGCUAUGAUGAAACAGGCUCUCAUGAGGACCACCACAGUAAUGGAAGACCCAGAGUUACCUCUGCUGCAGAGGAUACAUUCAUUAGAGUUACCAGCCUCAGAAAUUGCAUCCCAAAUAAAUGCUUCACAGAGUUCAAGUAACAGACACAUCUCAACAUCAACUGUUCAGAGGGGACUGUGUGAAUCAGGCCUUCAUGGUUGAAUUGCUGCAAAUAAACCACUACUAAAGGACACCAAUAAGAAGAAGAGACUUGCUUGGGCCAAGAAACACGAGCAAUGGACAUUAGACUGGUGGAAAUGUGUCCUUUGGUCUGGAUUCCAAAUUGGAGAUUUUUGGUUCCAACCGCCGUGUCUUUGUGAGACGCGGUGUGGGUGAACGGAUGAUCUCCGCAUGUGUAUUUCCCACCGUAAAGCAUGGAGGAGGUGGUGUUAUGGUGUGGGGGUGCUUUGCUGGUUUAUUUAGAAUUCAAGCAUGGCUACCACAGCAUUCUGCAGCGGUACGCCAUCCCAUCUGGUUUGGGCUUAGUGGGACUAUCAUUUGUUUUUCAACAGGACAAUGACCCAACACACCUCCAGGCUGUGUAAGGGCUGUUUUACCAAGAAGGAGAGUGAUGGAGUGCUGCAUCAGAUGAUCUGGCCUCCACAAUCCCCCGACCUCAACCAAAUUGAGAUGGUUUGGGAUGAGUUGGACCGCAGAGUGAAGGAAAAGCAGCCAACAAGUGCUCAGCAUAUGUGGGAACUUCUUCAAGACUGUUGGAAAAGCAUUCCAGGUGAAGCUGUUUGAGAGAAUACCAAGAGUGUGCAAAGCUGUCAUCAAGGCAAAGGAUGGCUAUUUGAAGAAUCUCAAAUCUAAAAUAUAUUUUGAUUUGUUUAACACUUUUUUGGUUACUACAUGAUUCCAUAUGUGUUAUUUCAUAGUUUUGAUGUCUUCACUAUUAUUCUACAAUGUAGAAAAUAGUAAAAAUUAAGAAAAACCCUUGAAUUAAUAGGUGUCCUAAAACCUUUGACCGGUACUGUAUAUAUACUGUCUGUAUAUAUUAUUACAAGACAAUUUAUAUGUCGGUACAAUGAGAUCAUGCAGUGUACAGACAGCAGACCAGGGACUUCUAUAAUGUUAGAAUUGAAAGUGUGUUUUUAUUAUAUUGACUUGUAAUAGCAGGACUUAUCAGUCUGACUGCCUCUCUCUCUCUGUCUCCCCCCUCCCGCUCCCCCUCUCUGUCUCCCCCUCUCCCGCUCCCCUCCAGUCCUCCUCCUCAGGCCAGCCCCCUACCCGUCGGUCUCUCCACCGGACCCUGUCUGAUGAGAGUAUCUACCGGGGCCAGCGUGUCCCCUCCCUGAGGCUGGGGGACCUAGAACCAGACCCCGCCCUGGCUAGUGACGUGUUGUUCAGCUGCUCCACCUUGCCACGCUCUCCCACCACCCGCGGGGUGCCCCUCAGACGACCUUCAUACAAACUGGGGAUCAAACUCCACGGUGAGACUGUACGGGAUUCUGUUCCAGUUAACGUGAACCCUGCUCACAAACACUUUUGAUGACUGACUAUUGAGUAACACACCUGUUCUUGACUCGGUGACAUACAUUAUAUUAACAUUCGUCAUUGGUUUCUAAAAUACAACCGCGAACAGUGGACAACUUGGAAUGAUGUGACAGCUCCAAAGGAGGGCUCUGUGAGCAUGAUCUUUGCUGUGGUGGUGUUUGGGGCUGCAGCUGUGUGUCUGCUGCCCUCUUCUGGUAGAAAAGAAUAACACGUUGUAGUACAAAUAUUCUUAAACGUUUCAGUGUUCAGUAUAAAAAGAAUUACCAGCAUGCUAGUUUCGUUUUUCAGAAAAUGAGCCAAUGUAAGUGACUAAGUUGCAUGCUUGAACAACAUUAUCACCAUGCCUGUCUUCCUCUAGUCUCCGGCCCUAACCUGUCCCCCUGUCCUCUUUCUCCAGGUGACCUGUCUGCGUCUGACACGUCAUUGGCUGAGAUGGUUGAGCGACAGCGACAACCUCUCCCCCAGGAGCUGAUGCCCCUCCCCCCCUCAGAGAGCAGGGACAGCCCCCUGGACUGGACCCACAUGGUGGAUGUGGCCAACGCCUUUGAGAAUGAGAGUAAUUACAGUCUAAUAUAUAUUGUGGCUCAACCUUAACCCAACUAAACAAACCUUUUUCUCCUUAUAAUAUAUACAUAUUCUGUUCUCUCUCGCUCAAUUCAAUUCAAUUUAAGGGCUUUAUUGGCAUGGGAAACGUAUGUUAACAUUGCCAAAGCAAGUGAAGUAGAUAGUAAACAAAAGUGAAAUAAACAAUAAAUAUUAACAGUAAACAUUACACUCAGAAGUACUCUCCCUCUCUCUGCCUCCUUCCCUACUUCUCUCUCUAUCCCCCCUCUCUCCCCCCCUCUCUCCCUCCUUCCCUACCUCUCUCUCUAUCCCCCCUCUCGCUCUCUCGCUCUCUCUUUCUUGCUCUCUCUCUCUUGCUCUCUCUCUCUCCUCGCGCUCUCUCUCUCUUGCUCUCUCUCUCUCUCUCUCUCUCUCUCUCUCCUCUCUCUCUCUCUCUCUCUCUCUCUCUCUCUCUCUCUCUCUCUCUCUCUCUCUCUCUCUCUCUCUCUCUCUCCCCUCCCCAUAUCUCUCUCUCUCUCUCGCGCUCUCUCUCUCUCCCCUCCCCAUAUCUCUCUCUCUCUCUCCUCCCUCCAGUCCAAAGAGGGUUUGUGUUUAAUGAUCCUAACCACAGAGGUAGUGGAGCCUCCAGCCCUCACCUGGAGAUCCAGCCUGCCCCUCUAUCCAGACCUUCAUCCAGGUAACCCAGACAGAUCUCCAUUCAUGUUUGCAGCAGUAUUUUGUGAAAUUAUUUCCAAGCAUUUUAAUACCGCUUUUCACGCAGCUGUUGAUGGAGACUACAAGUAUUUGAAAUAGUUUCUGAGGGCUUGAAGAAACAGUGUGUGUUCACACCCUGAGUUAUUACCAGAUGUGUUAUUAGAGGAUGAGAGAUCUCAUGUGGUUCACACCCUGAGUUAUUACCAGAUGUGUUAUUAGAGGAUGAGAGAUCUCAUGUGGUUCACACCCUGAGUUAUUACCAGAUGUGUUAUUAGAGGAUGAGAGAUCUCAUGUGGUUCACACCCUGAGUUAUUACCAGAUGUGUUAUUAGAGGAUGAGAGAUCUCAUGUGGUUCACACCCUGAGUUAUUACCAGAUGUGUUAUUAGAGGAUGAGAGAUCUCAUGUGGUUCACAUCCUGAGUUAUUACCAGAUGUGUUAUUAGAGGAUGAGAGAUCUCAUGUGGUUCACACCCUGAGUUAUUACCAGAUGUGUUAUUAGAGGAUGAGAGAUCUCAUGUGGUUCACACCCUGGAGUUAUUACUAGAUGUGUUAUUAGAGGAUGAGAGAUCUCAUGUGGUUCACACCCUGAGUUAGUUACCAGAUGUGUUAUUAGAGGAUGAGAGAUCUCAUGUGGUUCACACCCUGAUUAUUACAGAAAGUGUUAUUAGAGGAUGAGAGAUCUCGUGGUUCACACCCUGGGGUUAUUACCAGAUGUGUUAUAGAGGAUGAGAGAAUCUCAUGUGGUUUUACAACCCUGAGUUAUUACCAAAGGUUAUUAGAGGAUAGAGAUCUCAUGUGGUUUUACACCUGAGUUAUUUCCAGAUGUGUUAUUAGAGGAAUAGAGUCUCAUGUGGUUCACACCCUGAGUUAUUACAAUGGUUAUUAGAGGAUGAGAGAUCUCAUGUGGGUUUACAUCCUGAGUUAUUACCAGAUGUGUAUUAAGGAUGAGAGAUCUCAUGUGGUUCACACCCUGAGUUAUUACCAGAUGUGUUAUUAAGGAUGAAGAUCUCAGUGGGUUUACACCCUGAGUUUUUUACCAGAUGUGUUAUUUGAGGAUGAGAGAUCUCAUGUGGUUCACACCCUGAGUUAUUACCAGAUGUUUAUUAGAGGAUGAGAGAUCUCAGUGGUUUGGUGUGUGUUUCACACUGGUUAUUCCAGAUGUGUUAUUAGAGGAUGAGAGAUCUCAUGUGGUUGGAUGUAUGUUACCAGAUGUGUUAUUAGAGGAUGAGAGAUCUCAUGUGGUUGGAUGUGUUAUUAGAGGAUGAGAGAUCUCAUGUGGUUGGAUGUGUUAUUAGAGGAUGAGAGAUCUCAUGUGGUUGGAUGUGUUAUUAGGAUGAGAAUAUAAUGGGUGGAUGUUAGAGGAUGGAUAUGUGGUUGGAUGUGUUAUUAGAGGAUGAGAGAUCUCAUGUGGUUGGAUGUGUUAUUAGAGGAUGAGAGAUCUCAUGUGGUUGGAUGUGUUAUUAGAGGAUGAGAGAUCUCAUGUGGUUGGAUGUCUGUUCACCCCCAGUGAGGGUCCUGCAGGUCUGGAGAGGAAGUUGACCAAGCUGGAAGCCAUGGUUAGGAUGCUGCAGGAUGACCUGAAGAAGGUAACACACACACACACACACACACACACACACACACACAACACAAGUCUCCUCUCUCACUGUCAUCGUUUCAGCAAAUUGAUGGGAAAAAUGGCCAUCAAUAACCACACAAAUCAAUACAUGCACUUAACUCAGAAACUACCCACGAAAACAACAAGGCACAAACUAAUGGACUACUCUGGAUGAACAGAUUGGUGUGUGUGUACUGCCGCUUGCAUUGAUACGCACACACACACACACACACACACACACACACACACACCACACACACACACACACACACACACACAGACACAGUCAAACUUCUUCUUCUUCCUUUCUGAAAGAUACUUUCAGCUUCAUCAGCUCUAGCUGCCUCCGCUCUCUAUGUUUGGUGGAGGGGUUUGUCAAAACUACUAUGGUUUCGAUCAGGACAGGGUGUAAUUUGCUUUCAAGGCUCAGGGAUAUGAGCAGGAGUGUUGGAAACAAAACUGGUCCACAAGUUUUCUGUCCUUUUAGUUAGUGAAUCAGCAGUUUGUGUCAUUCACAGUGUUUUAGCUACAAUCUGUUGUUGCUGUUGCUGACUCUAAAGAGGAAAAGACGGGACGGGGCAAGAGAACGAGAGGAGAGAAAGAAGAAAAGAGGAGAGAUAGAGAGAGAGGAGAGAGAAAACGCAGCCGAGAGAGAAGAGCAGAACGAAGAAGAGGGGCGCGAGAGACAGCGGCGCCGAGGAGAACGAGAAGGACGCGAGAGUAAAGCAGGGGCGAGAGAGAGAAGAAAGGAGCGAGAGGAGAGGAGAGUAGAGGAAGAGAGUGUGAGAGGAGAAAGCGGAGCGGAUUGGAACGGGCCGAAGGCGCGACCGAGGGCGAGAGAGCAUAAAGAGCGAGAAGAACAAGAGGAAGAAAGGGGAGAGAGCGAGAGAGUAGAAGAAGUAGAAAAGGAGGAAGGCGCGCAAAGAGGGAGCAUGGUAGCUCCGAGACACGAGGGAUAGUGAGAGGAGGAAUAGGCAAGGGAUACAGCGGACAAAGAGAGCGAAAGUAGGAGAGAGAAUACUGAAGGAGAGAAGGGAGAAGACUAGAGAGGGAGCGGCGGACGAGAGAGAAGGCCGAGAGAGAGCGCGUAGAGAGACGCGCUCGCGCUCGCUUUCUCUCUCUUCUCAAGCAUCUCUGACCUCUCGCGAUGAUACCGCUGCGCUAGCUUCUAACUCUCUAUCUCUCCUCUCUCUCUCGCUAUUCUCACCGAUCUAAGAGCGCCGCGAGCAAGGAGGGAAGGAGCGAGCGCGAGAAGGAGCGAAAGAGAAAGAGUAGA